AUGGCUAAAGGGAAAGCAAAAAGUGCGAGUUCCGCCGAGACGAAUGGACAACAGCUCAAUGUCGAGAUUAAGGACUCUUCCGAGGUGGCUUUUAUUGUUGCCUUUUGCGAGAAAUUUAAAUCAGUCUUGAGAAGCCUUUCGUUUUGGACUGAGGAUUUCGAAGAAGCUUUGCAAACUCACGAAGAAUCAGAACUACUGGAAAAAAUGAUUUGCGUGUUUCUAACAAACUUCUUGAAUCGAAGGAAACUAAUCGAAACGAGCAACUAUCAGGCGCUUCUUUCGACAGCUAUCGAUCAGCAUAUCGAACAAAACGAUCAAAGUUUCUAUCUCGAUCACAACCCACUAAAACAUCGUGACGGAAAAAUAAAUUUCUUCGCAUUGGAUACAAAAGACAAGAUUUCGAUCUUGCGUUGUCUUGUUAACUGGCAAUUACAAGAAUCAGAAGUCGUUCGAAAAUUAAUCCUUGACUCAUACAAGCGUCAUAAAAAGACUCACGAAAAUCCUUUAGAAUACGAAAUAAUCGGUGAGGAUAAUAAAAAUGCAAAAUAUUAUCAUAUCAAUACGAGGAUCUAUCGCGAAAAAUUACCAAGAACUGGUACCAAUUUCACAAGUAAAAACGUAAAGUGGGAAGCUGUGACGACUAAUUUGGAGGAAGUGCAAGCGUUAGUGAGCAGUCUUAACCCUAAACGCGCUAAAGAAAAGGGGUUGUAUGCCGCUAUUCUUGAAAAAGUAAUGCCAGAAGUUGAGAAUCGGUAUAAGGUUAAGGAAAAACAAGAAAAUCUGCAGAAACGGAAAGCGGCAAAAGCAGAAUGGAUUGAAGUAAUGCGAACUGAUGCCAUUUCUACACGAACGCGUGCAGCAAGUCGUAAAGCAGAAGGUAUCGAUACACCUGUAAUUAGUUAUCGUGAGGAUGAUUAUGAUUACGGUAGAUACGAAGGAUUUGCACCAUAUCCGAAUGCCGGCCGCAAAAAAACUUCCCGAAGUCUUCGACAAGCCGGAGACAGUCGAUCUUCAUCUGAUAUUGGCACACCGAACAAUACGUCCACACAAACUUCCUUACCAAAAAAUGGACGCAUGACACGAUCAAGGUUUCGACUCUUAAGUCUUAAUAACGUGGACUCGUCGAACAUAAGUUUAACUGAUAGCAAUACUUCAUUCAACACUAUUGACUUCACCACAAAUGGUCAUAUAAUAAACAAUGAAAAUGGUACUCAGAAUGGAGCUAUGAUCGCUUCUGGUUCAACCACGCCUAUAAUAAAUUAUCAUGGUGCCGACAUCGACACGUCUGAUAUUGAAAUGACAGAGAAAACCGAAUAUACUUUUGCAAAUUCUGGCGAAUUAUUGGAACUAACCACCGGUACUUCCUCCGACUCGAACACUGAAGCAAUCACAAACACACCACAAGACUAUGAAAUGGCAUUAAACGAUGAGGAACGAAGUAUUGACACACUUGGAAAGGAAGCAUCAUUCGCUUCAACAUGCGGCGGAUCUGUCAUGUCUAUUUCUUCGAUCACGACCCCGACCAACGUUUUCCGUGAUGUGCAAGAAAUGUCUGUCGACAUUUAA